GCUUUAGUUUAGUGUGGUUGCCAGGUAACCGCAGCGCGUACAACUUGUAGCUCUCCCGCGGCCGGUGUAUGAAGGUUGCUUAUAUUCUUGUAGUUUACUUUGUUUUAAAAGCAAAUAAGUUGUAUUUAGUUGUAAAAGUAUCAAGGAGUCAAUUUAUGGCGUUUGUGUUGAGCUGAACAUGUCAGCCUCCCGUCUUUCUCCAUAAUAAGCGCUGCUCUCUGGAGACUGAGGAACACACAGAGAUAUCAAGAGAUGAGCGAUGACACGGUCAAUAAACACCACAACAAUGGAGAAUGAUGGUGAAUUAAGGGAAGAGGAGGUAUCCAAAGGCCUGUCUAAUCUGGGAUCUUCAGCAACGGGACUCCAGCACACCUACCUGUACCUCUCUGUGCCAGGGCGAGACUUGAAAAAUGUCUCCAUUUUAUGCAAUUAUAUCCAUCUUCAAAAGCUGGAGCUUCCCUGCAAUAAAAUAAAAGAUUUAUCCUGCGUGAGUCACAUGCCACACCUCAUCAUCCUGGAUGUGUCCCACAACCAACUCACAGAUUUCUUUGGGUUCCAGGCGCCAAAAAACCUCAAGGAAGUAAAUUUCUCAUACAACCAAAUGUCAGUCAUGAAGGAUCUCUCGGAGUAUACGUCUUUGACCAAGCUGAUUCUUGACUAUAACUCAUUUAGUGCUAUCAGGGGGCUGGAAAAGUGUGAAAGGCUCUCUCACCUCAGCCUGGCCCAUAACAACAUCUCACGCAUUAGGGGUCUGGACCAUCUGCCCCUCCGAGAGCUGUGCCUGAGGGGGAAUGCGAUACAAAAGAUUGAGAAUCUCCAGACACUACGGAAACUGCAGGUUCUAGACUUGUCCUGUAACCGGAUUCAAAGCCUCUCAGGUCUCCAGAAACUCCUUCUCCUGGGAACCAUCAACCUUGAGAGCAAUCUGAUCAGUGAGAUAAAGGAGGCCUCAUAUUUGCAAGACCUGAAUUUGUUGAGAGAACUAAAUCUCAUUAAAAACCCAGUGCAGGACCAAGAUGGCUACAGACUGGCUGUGAUCUUCCUCCUCCAGCAUCUCACUCUUCUGGACCAACAGACAGUAACGGCGGAGGAGAAGGUGUCUUCUGUGAACAAGUACGACCCUCCUCUUGAGGUGACAGCAGCCCGAGAUCACAUGACCAACUUGCUGUACCAGCUCAUGCAACCGCAGGUUAUAUUUGACAGUACUUUGCCCAGCCUGGAUACUCCGUACCCGAUGCUGGUUCUUACUGGUCCACAAGCUUGUGGGAAAAGAGAACUUGCCCAUAAACUGUGUCAGGAAUUCAGUGACUAUUUUGCGUAUGGUGCCUGCCACACCACCAGAGGGCCCUAUUAUGGUGAAGAAGAUGGAUUAGACUAUCACUUUGAGACGGAGGAAGAGUUUCAAAAAAUGAUUCAAAUGGGUAAGUUUGUCCAGACAGUGCAGUAUGGAGGUCAUUGGUACGGUCUGUCUCGGGAGUCUAUUGAGCGUGUGGCUCGCGAGGGUCUGGCCUGCUGUGUACAUAUGGAAGUAGAGGGAGUGUAUAGCUUGAAGAAAUCGUACUUUGAACCGCGUUACGUCCUGCUUAUCCCAACCAAUGUCGAUAAUUAUAUAUGCUGUUUGAAAGCGAGAGGAUUCUACAGUAACGCUCAGAUGGAAACGGCUGUGUCUCGAAUUGAUUUGUACGCCAAGAUCAACAGAGAAAAGCCUGGCUUUUUUGAUAACGUCAUCUCUUGUGAUGAUCGUACUGAGGCCUACAAGACACUUAAGCAGCUGGUGCAGGAGUAUCUUGGUCUGGAGGAACAGGGAGGAGAUACCAGCUCCAUCACACCUGACAACACUUCCACUAACACAACAGGUGAGGUACUGGCAGCCAAGGCAGAGGACGCUGACCUCAUGGAUUCCUACAGCAGAAACUACCAGAAAAAAAUCCAGGCAAACAUGAACACGUCCCAGACCCCGGCCGUAUCUGCUUCAUCAAACAGACGCGAGCAGCUGAUUCGGGAAGCUUUGAAUGGGAAGUGUCCUGGUGCUUACGCCGAGCUGUUUCAAAGGAGUGCACCAACAGCUCCAUCAUCAUUAGCCUCUCAUUCCCGGCCACACCAAGGUCCCUCCCCGAUUUAUCCAGCUGGCCUCGGUGGUCCCGAUGAGCACAGCAGUUCGGAGGAAUCCCGUGCCAGUUCUGGCCUGUCCAUGAGGAGCUCGGCAGGUGUGCUGUCUGCAGAAAUCCCAGCCAGGGGAUCAGAUGUUGGGUCAGGGCUCAGCAUAGAGCCUCUGGAAAUGUCUAUGUUAGGACAGGACCGAGACACCAGAGGUCGCAUAGACUCACAUCUAACUCCGGAUGCUCCACGCUCCGAACGCAUCUCUCCUACCCUCCCCUCCUCUCCCGGCCGCCCAGGUGCCAACACCAAACAGAUCCUGCCGCCCAUUCCAUCUGGACGCAAGACCAACGAUUCUGGCCCAAAGCUGUGACAGAGUAGAAAGACUCCUGAAGUGUGUUCUCUGUGCAAAUGGAUGUGUUUUUUUUUAGUGCUGUUGGCAAUGACUACAUGUGUAUCGGCAUAGUUUAUGUCUUAUUGAGGAUUGAGGAGGGCUCACACACAUACCCGCCUCCAGUGGAUACAUCCGAGUGUUCAGGUUGCCGUGGGCAACGAUGCCUUGAGUUUCUGGAGUAAGAGAGCCUGCCAGUUGUGCCACAGGUACCCAGAUUGAAAUGCGUUCAUAUUUUAACACACACCAUUCGUUUCUUUUCUUCUACCAAAACUUUAAAUGAGGCACUUGUGUUUAUAUUACAUCAAUCAAUAGCUUUUCCCCAAUAGCAAAGCUCAGGCAGGCACAUUAUUUAAACACGGACUUUGAACUCAUUCCACGUCAAAAACACAAUUAAAGUCGAGUCGGAAAGGCACUGCAGGGGCAGAAUAAUGAACCGUUGGGGGCAUCGGAGCACAGAAAAUGAACUUAUAAUUAAGAUUUCAACAUUGCAUUAAAUCUAUACAUCAUCAAAUUGGAAUUUCGUUUUCCCAGGAGCCUGUGAGGCAAUAGCUCUUCAUUAUUCAGACCUGAACACAAACUUUUGGUUAUUUUCAGAUAUCA